UGGCGCUAUCUCUGGGGUAUACUGAUGAGUUCGAUGAUGGACGAAUCCCAGGUCCCUAUGACCGAGUAUGAGCAGAUUAAGUUCAAGAUGAAUCAAACGACUGACGAGUCACUAGAAGCCUCUCGACGGAUGAUGGCUUUAUGUGAGGAGGCCAAAGAGGCAGGGAUUUCUACACUGGUCAUGUUAGAUGAUCAAGGCGAACAAUUGGAUCGCAUAAAUGAGGGUAUGGAUCAGAUUAAUCAAGACAUGAAGGAUGCUGAAAGAAUCUGGAUGAUCUAAACAAAUGCUGCGGACUUUGCGUGUUGCCUUGGAAUAAAGUUAAAAAGAAAGAUGAUUAUACCAAACAACUAAAGGAUGAGGAUAUGCGGGGUGGGGACGGACCUCGAAUAAUUGUGGAUCAAAACGGCAUGGGUCCAACUGGUGGUUAUAUUACACGGUAUGUUGUAUAAAAGGUUUGUAUUGUACAAUUAUAUUUUCUGCUGAUAUUAAUGUAAUCAAUAAAGUUAGAAUAUCU